AUAUUGGUUUACUGUGAGUCCAUGUCGACUUUGAACAACAAUUACACUUCUGCUCUAGAAAACAGCUUGAGAACGUAAGUACUACAUUCAACCGAAGAUGCUUCGCUCGAUGAAGCUAAAGUCUCUGAACCCUCACAUCACUUGUGUACUGUGUGGAGGAUAUCUCGUGGAUGCUACUACCAUCAUUGAGUGUUUACACUCCUUCUGCCGGAGCUGUAUCGUUCGUUACCUGGAAACCAGUUUUCAUUGUCCCGUAUGUGACGUAGAAAUUCACAAGACCAGGCCAUUGCUUCACAUCAAGCCUGACCGAGUACUGCAAGACAUCGUGUAUAAACUUGUACCAGGACUUUGUCACGAAACCAAGAAUGAAGAACGGAUUAUUCCAGGAGAAACAGAAGGUACCGCUGAAGAGAAAUCCGAUCAGAAUGGCUGUCCUGACGUGAUUGAUGACCCUGUCUGUAUCCAGCUGGAAUACUAUGGGCGCAAAAGAUUUCAACACACUGAAAAACAGAUUUUCCCCACGCGUUUUUUACGCUGUUCUUCUACAGUUACCGUUGGUGUUCUGAAGAAAUUUCUGUCGAUAAAGUUUGGAAUCCCACCCACACACCAGCCCGAGAUUGUUCGAUCAGAUGAAAUUCUUGAUAAUCACAUCACUAUGACCGAACUCUCUCGAAUCUAUGGUCUUUAUGCCAAGUCGUUUCUAGACAUCCAGUAUAUAUUCUUGCCAAAUAAGGAAGACGAUGAGUUGAAAACUGAAGGACAAGAAGCCAAGAGAGUCAAAAUAGAUCAUCUACAGCAAUACAGACACAAUGAAUUACAACAACUGCAAAGGAAACGAAAAGGACGUCGGCGAAAACAUCAAAGAAAAGAAGAUCAGCAGUCUGACAUGCAGCCGCCAAAACGACGUAAAAGACGAAAGAAAAAUGGGGUUCCAAACAAAAAACAAGAACCAGAUUCUAUCGAAGGGUAUUCUUUACCGAACGGAGUAAUGACUGAAGACGUACUUCGAGAGAAACGACUGUUUUACGGACCAACGACUCAAGGACUUGUGAAAAAUUCAAAUGAACCAGAGAAUAAUGACAAGCAUCACCAACCAGUACAACAGCCAGACCACCAAGACGUGAAUCGGAGAGAACAAGAACAAGACAAGGAAACAACUACAGGAAACCAAACAACAAGAGAACUGCAAUAUGAGAAAGAACAACAGCAAAGUACACCUGAAGACAGACUGUCCGUGAUGGAGAAACAACAUGGUGAUCAUGGCUGCUACCAGAACAGAACCGAUGAAACAAACUUACAACACGUGGAUCAUGGAUGCUACCAGAACAGAACCGAACUCCAAACAAACCUACAACACGUGGAUCAUGGCUGCUACCAGAACAGAACCGAACAAACAAACCUACAACACGGUGAUCAUGGCUGCUACCAGAACAGACCCGAGCAAACAAACUUACAACACGGUGAUCAUGGUUGCUACCAGAACGGAACCGAUGAAACAAACUUACAACAAACACAGAAACAUCAAUCGAAAGAAAACGAGACAAGACAACACGAGUCUGUAUGUGACAAGGCAAAGUUUUACCAACUGAACAAACACUUUGUAUCAGCCAAGAAUUCGACGAUAGAAACUGAAAGCAAUAAGGACAAAGAAACUGUUGAAUUACUGAAGAUCUCGCCACCUCCUUUACGAAGUCGUAAUCUGGACAAUAUCGAUACUAGUUGUGCUGAGACAUUUGCUUGUCCUCCACAGUGGAAUGGCAUUGAAUCCACCGCUAUUUAGCCGCGUAAUGCUUGCGGUGCUUCUAAAUAUAGCACGCACGUAAUCCAAUAGUGCUUACCACUUCAGUACCCGGAACUAAAACUUUGUGUUACCCAACAUUGUCAUGGGAACACUGUACUGUGAUUGACGUCCACCAAAUUGUACGAUUUCGGGCGCUUUUCAGUAUUGGGAUGCACGAUAAAAUAACUCGAACUAAAUUGAUAUUUUCAAUUACAAGGUCUCAUAAUAAUGAAUAUAAUGAAAACACAAUCAAAAUCAUUUCAAUGAAUGCAAACUUCGAGAAGAGUUUGUGUAACUCAAUAUCUCACUUCUGAUUGGUCGAGAGCCAUCAGGCCAGUCCCUGAUAUCAUGUGAACUUCACACAAGGGAGCACGUUAAAAUUUUGAUUGUGUUGGUUUAUCUUCGAUUUUAUCGCACGUAUUCUAAGAUAUGGCAGGCGUUCCUUGUAGUUCUUGUUUACGUGCGCGCGCUACACUUCAUGGCAGGCGUUCCUUGCUUUAGUCGGGCUAGCGAAUUUACUCCGAUAACCGACGAAUAUCUUGCGUCAUUCCCUUCCUUACACGAUCGUAGGCCAUUCGGAUCGGCCAAAACCAAAACACUACGAGGAACGCCUGUCACAAGAUGGAUUGCGCGCUAGAUAGAUCAACCAAGAACAAUGACUUUCCUUACACAAACAAAAUUUUAAUGUGCUCCCUUGCUUCACAGGAUAAAAGUAUUAUCAGUAGGUUUGUCUGCAGAUAAUAUAUUUCUCAUGUCAAGUUCAUUCAAUUUUAUUAUCUUUUGUGUUUAUUUGACUUUUAAAUAUCAACAUGUAAUACAAGGAUAUUUGGACUUCCUGUGUCUAGGACGCAUGCGCUUUGCGCUGAGCUCAAGAUAACGAAGGUUCACAGAAAACAACAGCAGAGCCGAGAAACAAGACCUCGUAAGCCCGAGUGAACGUUUUGGACAACGUUUAGUUCAGUUUAAGAGCGACUGUCUGUAAAAAUCAAACAAAAUUAGAAAUAUGCGUAAAGUUUUGAAAAAUACUUUUUUUUUUGUUUUUGAGAAAAAGGGAAAAAUCGGUUUGAGCUCCAGGGACGAUUUUCGUUGCCAAAAGAUGGCUGAAAAUUGCUUACUUUCGCUUGGUCCGUGUAUCAAAACUGUUGAUCCAAAUAGCCUUCUAAUACUGCCAAGAGUACAACUCAUUAUGAGUAGUUUUAUAAAAAUCGAACAACUCUGAAUUAUUUAUAACACAAUAAAAAGCAAAGGGCACUGA